AUGGCUAUUGGAACAACAACGGAUGAUAUUCCGACUUGUUUGGGGUUAUAUGAAAAAGCGCGUCGACCACGGAUGGACAUCCAGGUCAUCAAGUAUACCAGACUAAACGGACGGGACGACGAUGACACGCCCGGGCAAAGAAUCAGCGGUCAUGCAGCGGUGGAGAUGGUGAACUUUAUGAGCCCAUUCCAGCAACACUUUGCAGACAUCGGGACAAUUGACCUGCAGACCCUCCGAGUAGGAUUUAAUCCUAUUGGAAUUUUAAAUCCGAAAUCUACCAAGGGCAAGUCAGCAUUGUGGCUGAAGAUGUUCCAACUUCCGCGUGUGUGUCGCGGACUCAUCAUGAAUCAUCGUUGUGGAUUCCGUCCAUGGAGCCCGAGCGGCGAACUCUUAUCCCUUUUCCUGGUCAGCCCCAAAGCUGAAGAAAGCGACGAGGGCGAAUAUUCCCCCGAGAACAGUCGUCGAGAGGCAGCACCACUGAACGAACCUGGAAGAUAG